CACUGGUUUUCGCCAGGUUACGCUCUGUCUGCCCAGCUCGAGGAAUGCGGAACUACCUCAACGAUUAGACAUGCGCCACAGAACGUCCGUCCGACGGUCAUAUCGAGAUUUGGAUUUCCUCCGCCCGCAGGUCUCCGCCAGGUCCUCCGUCGUGUCAUGAAAAGGUGCCUGUGUCCAGCUCGUCUGCCGUGCCUGGACCGCGGGUCUUCCUUGAUCCAUCCUCCUCCUUCGAUUCUUCGUCGCCUACCGUUUCGUGUUCCCCUUCGCGCCGGGUUCUCGAGUCGGGGACCCUUCCCCGAAAGGCGACAAUGGAGUCGCCAGUUCUCCGUCGGGGCUGGUCCCCCGAUCAGUCGUCAGUUGCUACAAGACUAUGUUAGGAUGGAAAUGAAGAGAUGCCCUGUCUCUGGACCAGAGUUGGGCAACCCGGAGGCUUGGGUCGCGUUAUUGGAACAGUACCUGCCUCCAUCGCUGCGGAGAUGCGCCGACGACGAUGUUUCGGACCCUCAGUCCCACGCCACGUUACCGUCCGACCCAGCAUAUUUUGCGCAGACCAUUGAAUUGUCCAACUUGCUACUACAUGCACGAGACUCGGGCAAGAUUGACCUUCUUGCCUAUGUCGGGUUCCGGUUGAACAAUUGGCCUGCUGUACAAUUCUUGAUCGACCGGCUCCUUGAUGCCGCGGACUAUCUCAAGGAGGUUUCACUCCCCCUCCAGCCUUUGUCUAACUAUGACUGGGGCCUGGAUUCUGGGCUUUCGCUUGACGAUCUCACUAAUAGGUCUGUGAACUCGGCUUCGAAACUUCCGCACGUUUCCAAUACGCCACAGCUAUCGGACAUGACGAGCCUAGAUGCCUUCACCGAGCGGCCAUUCGCAGACGAUCAUUCGAGACGUUUCAUGGCCGAGGUGUGGCAGGGCUUGGGGUCCAUCGUGCUUGAGGCUGCCGAUGUCUCUCCUAAUGAGUCAAAGUUAGCUAUGUCUCGCGUGUUCCAAAUUCUUGCCCGUCUGCACCACUCUGGGGCCAUUUCGGAUAGGGUAUACAAGUACGUCCCUCCGGACGGUUACCAAGCUACCUUUCGACCCCCCGGGAUGCACCUCCUUUCCAACCAUAUUAUGAGCGUUCUGUCAGAUGCCGCGUGGUUGAUGCACGAAGCAGAUGUUGCUGCUAAAGCGGCUGCUGCAGGGGAGGACUCGCCCUAUCUUCCCUUCAAGAUGGGCGUGCGUGAGCUUGGACCCGAGGUCUGGCUUGAAUUCAUUCUGUGGUGCUGCGUGGAACAUGGUCAUAUUGAAGAAGGGGUAUGGAUUAUUGACAGGUUGGCAGCAAAGACCGGAGAUCUGGCCUGGAAAUUCCAGAGCUGGAAGCCGAUACUAGAUGGAUCUGGGUCGGUCUGGCAGACCAAAAUCGACCAGGAAGAAAUUUGGCGACAGCCUGGUCACCACGAGCGCUCUACGAUGUUGCGAAAACGCCAUAAUCCCACGCCCUUCCACGGCCUGGGGGAGCGAACCAUGAGCACCGAAGUCGCCUCGGCAUUGUUGGAUAACCUUCCAAAUCAGGUCUAUCUAGGGCUAGGCUUCCGGGGUAUGUCACCAAGUGCGCUUCUGCGCCAUGUUUCGAGUCUCAAGUUCGCCAUUGCUCCAUCAACGGCCGAUGAAAAGUUACUGCCGACCAGCAGAGCCUCGAACUGGUUCGUUGUUCGAGUCGUGGAAUCAGGAGGCCUCAGACCGGACGCCGACCCCCGGGUCUUUGAAGACUUUCUCAGGGUCACGCCGUGUGUGGUUCCGCCUUGGGAUGCAGACACACACCACGUAGAUGAGGACGACUUGGCCCAGUGGAGUUUGUCGCAGCUGUACGAUGACACCUCCGCGCUAGUCGGCCUCAUCGAGUACAACAUCCGGUUCUACUCAAAGAAGCGCCUCGCCGGUGACGCACUGAAUGCGUUUGCCUGGCUGCAAGCCAUCAUCGAUACCAGCAAGAUGCAGCGCAUCGACGACUUUUUCUCGUCUCGAGUAGAUCAAUCUGACAUCACCCUCCCCACCUUGGAUGUCGAUGACCCGGACUCCGCGAAAUCGUUCGAAUCAUCCAUGCCGCAAUUAUCGAGCAUCACACUGGCCGAUUUGAUCGAUUUGAUCACUGUGUCGCGAUCGUUCACAUUUGGCGACUGGCUCUUCUUCUCUAACGACGUCGAUGGUCCUCCGGUCCCACCGAGCUCAUACGGCAAUCAAGCCCUAGCUCCGUCCAUCCUCCGUUAUGCUACUGCGACCAAGAACUCGGCGCUCUGCGACGCUGUCAUCCAGUCCCUCACUCAACCACUCUCCUCAAAUACUAUACGCGCGCUGCUAAACUUCCGCAUUUCCAUGCACCAGUGGGACUCGGUGAUCAUGCUGCUCGAGUAUAUCCGUGACCACCGCACCAAAUCCUGGGGCCACAGUAACGUCACCGCACUCGCAGGAGAGAUCAUCCGUCUGGAGGCGAACACCAAACCGCAACCCGACUCAGCAGCGCCAGAAGAACAAAACGAGUCCCUGACUCAAGCGAAAGACAUCCUUCUCCGCCUCCUCCGUGGAGAGUUCAAUGAACCCACCCGUUUCGCACAAGCCCACUUCCAGGAUCGCGCCCUCUGGGGCCUGCAUCGCGUCUUCCUCUCCGUCCCCGGCGCCCUUCACGACGUCGCCGCCGCCGCCACCAAUACCCUCCCAUACAACGUCACCCCUCGAACCGCCGUCCCCUACAUCCCCGCAACAGCCUUCCACUCCCUCCUCUCCGCCGUCGUCGACACCAGGGGCAGCGCAGCCGGCCAACGCUUCUGGAAAGAAUGGUGUCUCGACAGCAAGUCCCCGACCUUCCGUCGUCUCCAAGAAGGUGGCAUCGUGCGUAUGUUCCUAAACAAAGAGCGCGUCCCAGCCAAAGGCGAUCCCCACUUCGACUUCAAAUACUUCAGGCAAUUCCAAAAGAAAGCCACCAUUCCCAACCCCAACACCGUCCGAAUCAUCUCCCAGGCCGCCUUGCAGGAGUACAAUGAUCACGAAGCCCAGAUGGCACAAGCCGCCCAGUCAGAACCAGAGACCGACUCCCCGACCCAACUACAACAACCCUCUCCUACCAACCCAGCCGAAGAAGUCCUAGACUUCUGCAUCGAGCGAUUCGAGACCUUCGGCGUGCGUCGUCGAGAAAUCAAUCGUGAAGUCGGGGGUCUAUUAUACCGCAGACGUCGAGAAUUGAGCAAGAUGAAAAGAGAACGGACGAGGAUGGAGACUGCUGCUGCUGCUGCUGCCACUGUGGCAUCAUAGCAUGGUCACCCACUCCACCAUCCAUCCCUUCAGAAUCAUAUGUAUUAUAUAAAUAGCUAAAUACGGCCUGUUCAUAGAAGGAAAGCAUUGUAAAACUUAC